AGCAUAUCACACCCCUUUUCUGGCUGUAUAAUAAACAGCCUGCUUCUUAGUUUCCUCAGGUCAGUCUGAGAGGUUUCCCUGAGUGCACUGUUCUCUUUUGUCCUGCAACAAUAGAUCCCAAUAAAAAUCUUUCCUGAAUGGUCUACUUGUAGUUUUUAUCAUAGGUAGAGUGGGCUGUGCUGGUAAUGGUAAGAGCAGAGAAACCCUGGGGCUUUUAGUCCCAGGUACCUACUAGGUGACUGGAAAAUGAUUCCCAAGCCUAUAAGCCCCUGGGGACUCUGUAGGCCCUCAGCUCAGAGAACAGCUAGAAGAAGGCUGCUGAAAAGUUCCAGAGUGGCUGGGAGCAGAUACUGUGAAGGCUAUAAAAGACUGCAGAAGUCCUUAAGAGGUGAAAGGUGGUGGAGAGCUAAGACUUCAAAAAGCAAGAGACUGUGAAGAGCCAAAACUGCAGAGGGCAGCAGAGCUGCAGACCCUGACAGCUGGAAGAGUUCCCGAGAGAUGCCACAGGACUUGGGAUCCUGGAGGAAUAACACUGCUGGGCAUCCUGUUCUGUGGUGCCAUGGCGACCCCAGAUGUGAGUGUCCACAUGGAGGAGGUGGUGGUUGUGACAACUCCAGACACCGCAGUUGAUGGCAGUGGUGUGGAGGAGGUGAAGACAGUGCUGGUGACAACGAACCUGGCCCCUCAUGGGGGCGACCUGACUGAAGAUAACAUGGAGACAGAAAAUGCAGCAGCUGCAGCUGCUGCAGCCUUCACAGCCUCUUCGCAACUCAAGGAAGCCGUGUUAGUGAAGAUGGCUGAAGAGGGGGAGAACUUGGAGGCUGAAAUUGUGUACCCCAUCACCUGUGGAGACAGCAGAGCCAACCUGAUUUGGAGGAAGUUUGUGUGCCCUGGCAUCAAUGUGAAAUGUGUUCAGUAUGACGAGCAUGUGAUCAGCCCAAAGGAGUUUGUGCACCUGGCGGGAAAGUCCACUCUGAAGGACUGGAAGAGAGCCAUCCGAAUGAACGGCAUCAUGCUCAGGAAGAUCAUGGACUCCGGGGAGCUGGACUUCUACCAGCACGACAAGGUCUGCUCCAACACUUGCCGCAGCACCAAAAUUGACCUCUCGGGCGCCCGUGUGUCCCUGAGCAGCCCCACUUCCACUGAGUACAUCCCGCUUACUCCAGCCGCGACUGAUGUGAAUGGCUCACCUGCCACCAUCACCAUAGAGACCUGUGAGGACCCUGGUGACUGGACCACAGCCAUUGGAGAUGACACAUUUGCCUUCUGGCGAGGGCUGAAGGACGCCGGCUUGCUGGACGAGGUCAUACAGGAGUUCCAGCAGGAGCUGGAGGAGACCAUGAAAGGCCUGCAGCAGCGGGUGCAGGACCCCCCCCUGCAGCUCCGAGAUGCUGUCCUUCUCAACAACAUUGUGCAGAACUUUGGCAUGCUAGACUUGGUGAAGAAGGUGCUGGCCAGCCACAAGUGCCAGAUGGACCGCUCACGGGAACAAUAUGCUCGGGACCUGGCAGCCCUGGAGCAGCAGUGUGACGAGCACCGCCGCCGUGCCAAGGAACUGAAGCACAAGUCCCAGCAUCUCAGCAACGUGCUCAUGACACUGACCCCUGUCUCCCUGCCAUCCCCUAUGAAGCGGCCCCGGCUUGCACGGGCCACAUCUGGACCGGCUGCCAUGGCCUCACAGGUGCUUACACAGUCUGCACAGAUUGCUCUUGGCCCAGGUGUGCCCGUGUCCCAGCUGACCAGUGUGCCACUUGGCAAAGUGGUGUCCACAUUGCCCUCCACUGUCCUGGGCAAAGGCUCCCCUCAGGCUCCUCCAGCCAGCUCACCAGCUUCCCCCCUGCUUGGGGGCUAUACAGUCCUGGCCUCCUCAGGCUCCACCUUCCCCAACACAGUGGAGAUCCACCCGGACGCGUCUAGCCUCACGGUCCUGAGCACAGCUGCCAUGCAGGAUGGCAGCACGGUGCUGAAGGUGGUCAGCCCACUACAGCUGCUUACCCUGCCUGGCCUUGGCCCCACCCUGCAGAAUGUGGCCCAGGCAUCACCUGCGGGCAGCACAAUUGUAACAGUGCCCACAGCAGCCACCUCAGGGCCUGAGGAGCACACGGCCACAAUCGAGGUGGCUGCGAUGGCAGAGGACCACGAGCAGAAGUAGCUGGCAGGAAGGGUGAGGCCCUCAGAGGGUGAGGUCCCUAGGGUGGACAGACUGGCUGCCUUGCCUCAGGCCACUGCUGGCAGAGGCCUCAGGGCUGGCUCAGCACAGGCAGGUCUCAUGGGCUGAACCAAAGAGGAAUUGCCGGAUGAAUCAAGAGAAGAAAAAAGGGACAGAAUGAUGCCAGCAUCCUGGAAAAUAGGUCUUCAAGUUCUAAACUUUCUCCCCUUUUUCUUGGGAAAUAUACUUUUCCAUCUGUUGCUUAUUAAUCCUGUUUACACAUUGGGCCUUGAACAGAAGGUGGGAGAUGUUGACCAGGCCUGGGUGCAACUGGUGAAGCAGCAGAGCUGGGGUGGCAGGUGCCCAAGACCCUGCAGGUGCUGGUGGCAUCAGAGCCCAGCUGAGUCCCAGUGCCUGCACCUCCCCAUUGGGCCUGCUGGAGGGACAUUACUGACACAUGUCUUGGGAACCAUACCCAAGUGUGAAAACCCAUGGAUCCUAUGGAUUUGGUUUCUUCCCACAGUUUUCUGUAGGUUUAGUGUGGCUGGCACCUGCUCUCCUGCCUGUGUGGGAAUACGUCCCUGGGACUGGGGUACAAAUCCUAGGUUGGACCCCCCUUCCUUACCUCCCACAGGUACUCAGGUGGCCAAGGGGCCUGCAUAGACUGAGUGUGGCCCAGACACCUUUGCACAUGGGUUGCAGGUGUUUUUAAGUGAAUUGCUUAGUAGGCUUCUAGGAAGAAUCAAAUUUAUAGCAUUUUCAACCAAAACAAUGUUGAGUGCCUAGGCUUCUCAAGUCAGCUCUGGGAGGAACCUGGGGCACCUGUGUGUAUACCUGGCCAGGUGCUAGAGGUCCUGGGCAGUGCCCCUCCUAGGACAGAUAUCUGUGGAGGAUUCCUCUGGGGGGUGUGCCUUUAGAUUCAGGGUGGCUCAGAUGGUCCCCUGUGUGCAGCCUGCUAUUAGGGCCACCAUGACAGUCCUCAUAUCCCUGAGCCUCCCCCGGAGGUGGAACUAGGGCCCCCUGGCUGACACUGAGUGUUCCCUUUUCCCAGAGAGAGCCCCAGGGCAUAAGGGAGGCUGCUCAGAGUGGUGUCAGUAUAAGCUUGGGAAGGCAGGACCUGGGAUACUCUGUGAAGGAUUGUCCAUAGGCAGCUCUCAAGGAAGACCAUGCAGGGGGCUGUGCUCAGGCCAGAGUCCCUAGAACUAGACGAUUUAGAAUGUGGAGAGCCAUGGCCUCUUGUAGGGUGUGUCCUGGGUUAAUCUGAAGGGACCUGCUAUCUCCACACUCUCCUGAUUCUGUUUGCUGAAGGUCUUUCUCUCAAGGCCCAAUAGCAGGAGGAGGCUGCUGUCCUGUUUCGCUGCUUUGAACGGAAAUGGCUGUCCUUUUGUUUGUCCAUCCAUCCCUCUUAAGUCCCAGGCCCCACCUCUGCACUUUUGCUGUGACUGGGUCCCCUAUCUGCCUCCCCCUGCCCCAUGUCAAGCUACUGAGGUUCUAUCUCUUGUUUUCCUUUUGUUAUAUCAUUGUUCACUGUGGUCAUGAAUCAGCUGGUUUUGGCUGAUGUUUACCUGUUUGUGUACAUACUCCUUUUUAAAAAAACUUGUUUUUACUUGAGUUGUGAGUCCUGUUACAUGUGGCAGUGUGACCCUGUGGGCAUCAGGAGGGCUCACAAGUGGGUGCUGCCCAGUGGCCCUGGAAUCCCCACCCCAUCCCCAGACAGCUUUAGAGACAGUCUAUUAAAACAGCUCCUGCCCUGGGAACCAGGGACCUUGCAGGGGCUUUCUUUGGCCCGUGUCCAGGGUGCUCUCUGUCUU